AUGGACACCCACCACGCGAAUGGACAAUCGCAGAGCCGUUCGGAUGUGCCCUCUCUCCCCGAACAAGAGGCACAGCCCGCCGUCUCGGCAUGGCGCCGAUAUGUCCAUCUAUACGCCCCCAUGAUCGCUAGCAUCUUUGCUCUAUCCUUGUCGCCAGCCAUCCACCAAGCCCUUGGCCUUCCAACUGGCACGAACAUACUACCAAUCACGGCCUCUUUUGCGAUACCCACGUAUCUCGCAGCAUCCUUGUUCUACCCCACAAACCAACCCGAACCUACUCCCGAGCAAUCCAUCCGCUUCACGCGUAAGAACGACUUCUACCGCGCAGGUGUAAUCGCAACAUACGGUCGGCUGUUCGAUGCGCCGUACAAUGUUAUACGCUUCUUGAUGGAUGUACUAUUGAGUUACGGCGCCGACCAAGUCAUCGGCGAACCUGCUGUUGGCACGAAACAGCGGCGAUCAAAUUUUCUGGUUGCCUUGAUGUGGAUUGUCGGUAGCAAAAUGGUCGCACUCUGUCUGGCGUUCGAUACACCUGUCCUGCAAAGGCUAGUCGUCAUGGUGGAUCGAACGCUCUUUCGCACGGCCUAUGUCGCGCUGGUAGAUGACGUUGUCGGUGUUUUGACCCAACCUAAUGUUCGAACCUUCAAAGGGAAGAUCACCCUCAUCGCGACCCAAGCAUUUGUUAUCUGCGCGAUCGGACUAGUGUUCGUUGCAUGGGCAAUGAGCCAUUCUGGCGAGAUAGAGAGCGCCUUGGCCGAAAUGAACGCAGAGUUAGACAGUAUCGAUACGGAGCAUCGGACUGAUGCCUACCUUGCCGAGACUUUCGCACUUAGCGACUCCAAAUCAAGACUUAGUAUCGCCCGAGUAAACGUCGCGAUUUUGGCUGAACAUAGCGAUAUGGACUGUUCGUCUUUCUACAUCCGCUACAACCAGAUAUGGCGGUUUGUCUUCUGUUCACCUGGUUGCAAGGUUUUGUCCCAGAGAGGAGAUGUCUUGGAAGGUCAAAGGACACAACAACUCUGUCUCACUUCCCUCUCUUCAGCAGGCCAAAGUCGUAUAACCAUCAGUAUGCAUUCAAAUACCCCACCAUCGUUCGAGUCUAUCGUAGCGAUGUUCAGCAACCUCCCGGAGGACAUGCUUGCGUAUAUGAACGGAGUCGUUGACGACAUCAUGGCCCAGGACCCGAAUGGCUUUGAUCCCUCUGCCUUGUCAAUUGCGUCCAGAUUCACGGAGUCUUCAAGUUCUCGUCGUCGGCAGGAAACCGCGGCGUCUCCCUCCAAGCUGUCCCCUCCUUCCCCGUCUCCGCCAUCUCCGCCUGAUCCCAGUACGUGGGAUCGUGGCCGUGCCUGCGUGGUCAACGCGACCAAUACGUACUGGUCCUAUGGAAGGGAGCAUGGAUGUAGUCAAGAGUCGAAGAGCAACCUCGUGGACGGCGAACGAGUUUAUAUGAAACAGCCGAACGGUACUCUUCGCUGGGCAGUCCUCAAACAGCAAGCUCGGGGCACGCUGGCAGCUAAGGCGCACCUGAAUCAGAUGGUGGAAGCUGUAGGCGGCGACCCUGCGACAUUCAGAAACAGGCUUGCCAAAGCGGACUACGUUCUGGCUCGAGAGGCACCUACUGGUGUCGUCCGUGAGGAGGACUCUGGGGAAAUGUUCUCGCUUUGGUCACCAGUUCACCUGGGCCAACCAGCGAUCAAUCUCUUCUGGGGGACAGGACAGUUCGCGAGCGGUACACUGACGAUGGCGCCGUCGACCCAGGAGGAGAUGGAGUGGUUUUGA